GGCACAGCCCAACUUCAGACAGUCUUGGGACACUGGAUUACGCUGUGCGUAACUGAAACUUCUCUGCGACUUAUUAUAUUGCGGGUGAUUGCUGCGUCUCACAAUAAUGUUGAAUCCAUAGGCUACAUGGUUCUUUGAUUACACCUCUACAUUUCCAUCGUAGCCUACUGAUUCAAAGGCUACUCUCCGACAUCUCGUGACAUUCCAAAUUAUUGCGAUUUGUAUCCUGCCAUUCAGUGAUUUGGAAUUGAAGGUUGACGCUAUGCCGCAUUCAAUUACCGAAAUUACUGAGGUAGCCUAAACCUCGGAGAUUCAAGAUUUUUAGAACUGCGUGCUGAAUAGGUCUUAGAAGUGGGUGAUCUGGCGCAAGGUUAAUUAGGCUUAGGUUUGCGUAAUGAGCAUAAUGAAAGAUUGGAGACAUAGAAAAUGACUGGAGCAUCACGUGGAACCAAGUGCCCUGUCUUCAAAAUAAGACGUCUCCACGCAAAAUGUCUGUGCCCAAUGUUUCUGUGUGUGACUGUGGUGCUCUUCAUCUCAUACCGGUAUACUGUGUCAACUGGGUAUUUUACUGCAACUAAGAAGUGUACUCUGACCCCUGGUGAAACCUUACAACCAGGAGAUCAUAUAGAUAAUUCACUAAAUCUUUGGUACAGAUCUGAUGUUCAAACAUGCACAUCCUGGAGGGCUCCGAUAAUGUGGAAUGAGAUGUUUGAAAGAGAAAUCUAUGAUAACUACUAUAAAGCCAAGGCCACAUCAGUAGCCUUAACUGUCUUUGCUGUUCGACGAUACUUGGAGAUCUACUUGAAAGAUUUUUUGACGUCAGCCGAACGGUAUUUCAUGGUGGGCUUGCCCGUAGACUACUUUGUGUUCACUGAUGUCCCCAACAACGUUCCCACUGUCCAGGUGGCACCAGGACGGACACUGCAGGUGAUCAGUGUCAAGAAGUAUGACCGCUGGCAGGACAUCUCCAUGAUGCGCAUGGAGGCGAUCUCAGAGGUCAUCGACAGCGUCAUCAGCAAGCGGAAUCAGUAUGUGUUCUGCAUGGACGUUGAUCAGGUCUUCGUUGGGCCAUUCGGCUCGGAGGCCCUUGGGGAUUCGGUGGCCUUGCUGCAUGCUUAUUUCUACAAGAGCUCAGUACUGGAGUUUACUUAUGACCGAAACCCCAAAUCUGAGGCGUACAUGGAUGACGGGGACUACUAUUACCACGCGGCUAUCUUUGGUGGCACAUGGCAAAGUGUGAGGAACAUCACCAAAAGCUGUCACCAAGGAAUUAAAACGGAUAAGGUAAAUGGCGUUGAGGCUCUUUGGCAUGACGAGAGUCACUUGAAUAAGUACUUUUGGCUUCACAAGCCCAGCAAAGUGCUUUCCCCAGAAUACUGCUGGGCUACUGACAUUGGCUCCCCUUUUGAAAUCCAGGUCCAAAGAUUGAUCUGGGCUGAAAAAUAUUACAAGGCUCUCAGGGAUGAGAAAUAGACUUGGUGUUUAGACAUUUAGAAAUGUUUAAGUGUUUACUAACACUUAAGUUAAACAAGCUCAGGUUUUGGGAUGGGAAUUGAAACAUGAAAACCUUCGUUGUGUGUGCUGCAAAAAGCCCUUGUGAUCUCUUGAUGUAUGAAACUAAUUGUUGAGAAGACCAUGCUUUUUGUUCAUGUACAUAAAUGACCAGUGGUCUGUAGCUGCCAGUCUUAUUUCGCUUUGUGAACUUUUAUUUAGGUUUUUAUUUAGUCCAUGAAGCUCAAACAGGUUUAAGAAGUGUGUAGCUUUGCUAAAAAUCACCUCAAAAUUGUCAAAAUUACAAAGAUUUAGGAGCUAGAAAUUGUGAGGACUUGUUUUAAUUCCUGCCAAUAUUAUAUUAGCCUAUUCACAUCCCGCCAGUAAAAGCAGAAGUACUCAGAACUUUUGUUUUUCUUUGUCCAAACCCUCUGCGUUGUGAAAAGGCUUUGUUGGUUAAAGCGCAGUGUCUAAAACAUGCUAAGCAAUGAUGAAUUGCAA